AUGAUCGCCACAACUGGCGAUCACAUCUGGGCCAAGACCCAACUACCCAAGUUCAAGACGACACCAUUUCAAACCCCAAAAGGCCAAUGGUCUUCCAAGCAUUCCGAUGUUGAUUCAGGUGCCUCCGGUGACCGGUUGGCCAGGAUCCCCAGCUACCUCCCCAACUUGUCUGCACAGGAGGAUAUAUGCCCUAUGUGGACGGUUGCAGGUAUGGCUUUCAGCUUUGUCAAGAAGGGCAAGAAGGGUAUUUUUGAAAUUUGGGUCGACACAUCCCUAGUGUCGGAUAGGGAUAAGGUUCUUCAAGGAUUUCAAGGGGGAAUUCGAGGCGGGUCCUUUCAGGAACUUUCUAUCAAGCACGUCUGCUUGCGUCAAGCUGGUUGA